CCACAUGUCAGCUGCAGGUGGAAACUCUCAGCAGGGAGCGAGGCUGUGAGGCUGGCCGGCUCAGUUGGAGGACAGGAUAACCCCGCACUGACGAGCUGCAGCUCAUCAGUUAACGCGGUCUUCAAUCUGGAGGUCUCUAACCCCCUUAAGAUGUACGGCCUGUACUUGGAAGCAGUCAACGAUUACAUCAAUGAGUCGUACGGAGAGGAUGUGUGGAGACUGAUCGAGAACCGAGCAGAGAUCCCUCACCUCAAGUUUGUCAGACACCAGAUGUACAAUGACAACCUGAUCCUGCGGCUGGCAAAGGCAGCAGGAGAGGUUCUGGGAAAGACUCAUGAUGAGCUGAUGUACGCCUUCGGUGUCUACAUGGUGAAGAGGAUCGGAAACUACGGAUAUGAACGCAUCCUAAAGGUGUUGGGACGAAAUGUGCGCGACUUCAUCAACGAGCUGGACAACCUGCACGAGUACUUCCGCUUCUCCUUCCCCAAAGUGCAGCCGCCAAGCUUCUGCGUGGAGGAGGAGUGCGAGACGAGCCUCACGCUGCACUACCGCAGCACCCGCAAAGGUUUCACCCAGUUUGUCAAAGGGCAGCUCUCUCAAGUGGGACGGCAAUUCUACAACACGGAUAUCGAGGUGGAAAUCCUGUCGAAAGAAGAAACGGAGAAGAUGACUUAUGUGGUUUACAAGAUGAACUUCGACAACGCUGCUUUUAAACACCGCAUGCCUCAGCAGAAGACGGCGCCGGGCUACGAGAAGCUGCCGAUGAAGCGAGGGAUCUUUUUCGACAUGUUCCCCUUCAGCGUCAUCUUCCGCCGCGACAUGACCAUGUACCGCAUCGGCGACGGCCUCAAAGAGGUCUUCUCCGACCUCCAGGGCAAGAAGGUCAACGAGGAGUUCACCCUGAUCCGACCCAUGCUGGAGUUCAGCUGGGACAAUAUCUACUUCCAUCUGAACAACGUGUUUGAGCUGCUGUCGAGAGCGGUGGUGGAGAGCAAGCAGAAGGUCAACAUCAAACUGAGCAAGGAGGAGCCGGACGAGAAGGAAGAGAGCGAGAAGGUGAAGAGAGAAGAAGAAAGAGAGCAAAACGAUGUGGAGGAGAUGAAGGGCACAGACCAGGAGUACAACAGCGCUCUCACUCAAUACAACAGCUCCGCCAACUCUGGAGGGGAAGAUAUCGAACUGCUGGCGUUCCAGACUGUCACCGGAAAGUGCAGCGAAACCAUCUUCGAGGACAUGCGGGAGCCUCCAAAGAAACCUCUCCACCUGAAGGGCCAGAUGAAGUACGUCCCCCAAUGGGACUCGCUCAUCUUCCUUGGGACGCCCAUUAUAGAGACAGUGGAGGACAUGAUAAAGAUGGGUGUAUACGUGAACGAUCUGAAUCUGCACGACUCCAGCAGAGAGCUGAUUCUGGCCGGGACACAACAAUCAGCUGAGCUGCAGCUGGCCCUGGAUCAGGAGCAACAGAAAUACGCUCAGCUGAUGGAAAUCAUCAAGAAGCUGGAUGAGGAGAAGAAGAGAGGAGAUUCUCUGCUGUACGCCAUGAUUCCUAAAGCUGUGGCCGACCGCCUCAGGAAGGGGAUCACUGCCCUGGAGACGUGCCAGGUGUUUCCCGAUGUGACCAUCCUGUUCAGCGAUGUGGUCAAAUUCAACGAGAUCUGCAUCCACAUCACGCCCAUGCAGGUGGUGGACAUGCUCAACGAGAUCUACAUCGUUGACACACUCAGUGAGAAGCACAACGUCUACAAGGUGGAGACGAUCCGCGAUGCCUACAUGGUGGUGGCCGGCGUCCCCAACAAAACCACGUUUCACGCCCACCAUAUCUGUGACAUGGCGUUGGACAUGCUGAGCUCCAUCGACCACCUCAAAGACCCGUCCACGGGCGAUAACAUCCAGAUCAGAGUCGGUAUUCACUCCGGUAUGGUGGUGGCUGGCGUGGUGGGUCUGAAGAUGCCUCGCUACUGUCUGUUUGGCGACACUGUGAACACCGCUUCCAGGAUGGAGAGCAACGGAGUGGGCAUGCAGAUCCACAUCAGUCAGACCACCAAAGACCACCUGGAACACGAGCCCUACAUCAUUGAGGAGAGGGGCAAGAUCUUUGUAAAGGGUAAAGGCUACAUGAAGACAUACUGGCUCAAAGGAAAGAAAGAUCUGUCGUUCAAAACCCCGGCGGAGCUGCGCUACAGCAGCGAGCAGAACCACUCCGAGGACAGGAGCUCUAAUGGUUCCACAAGCUCCAACGCCAAACGCAUGGCCUCCAACCUCAACAUCUCCGGCAACGAGGAGCAAGCCGAGGGGAAGGCGAGCCCCAGCGACCUCCCGCUGGACACCCUGCCCCCGCCAGAGGCCGUCAUCGAGCCCCCCUCCGUUUCAGCCGAGCCUCCGGAGAAGGAGAAGGUCAAAAAGACUAAGAACAACAAGGGCGCCAAGUUGGAAGUGCCCCAGGGAACCUUACUGUCGGAGACCCCCAACCCCGACGAUGGGCUGGAGAACCCGGCUCCUUUCCUCAGCAGCAAGAGAAACAGCUUCAGGCAGCAGUACGUCAAGCUGCCCGCCAACCUGCCCAUGCGCAGCGCCGCCUGUGCCAUUCUGUGAGCAGGUGGUUAACGACGACAUAAUGCUGAAAAAAUAUCACCGAGGGUUAAUCAAAGUCAGGGUUUUCAACAUGUAUGGUUACUGACUGUUUACAUUUGAACACAUUUUGAAUAUCAAGUUUUAAAUAAAUGAAGACUCAAACAUCUCAAAGAGAAAUAAUCUUGUUUUAAGGUCAAGUUUGAGCAACAUUUAGGCCACGUUCACACGAAAACCAAACACUGAAAAGCGUUUUUCCAUCUUCCGCGUUCACGAUGACAAACGUUUUGAAAGCAACCGCCGAGCACGGUUCCACAUAAGGCAUCGGAUCCAUCUAGAGUUUUUUCAAUUAUUUUCAAUGAGUUUCAGUUCAGUUCAGUUUAUUGCCAUGUGUAGCAUAAAACCCACAUUGGAAAACAUUUGCAAUAGAGAGAGACAAGGACACAGCAAAGAGUGGCCGCCUGGAGAGACAGCACAAAAGCUAUUGACUGGAAGCGUGAAGCUCAUGUGGGCAAAGUCUCCGUUUUUGGAGGAACAUCUUAUUUGUAGUUUUCACAGCGACAGAGAUGAUGACCUUUUCUAAAACGUUUAAUUUUCAGGCACCAGGAACGCUGCCGUCAUCUAAAUCGGGUGAAAUCGUUGUCGUGUAAACGUGGCCUUCAUGCUUCAAAACAUCAGACUCUUGGAUGCUGUUAACCCUUUGCACACUUCAAGUUUUCUUUAAAUAACAUCAUCUGGAGAGCCUCGGCAUGUUGUCCCCUUUGUUUCAUUCAUUCCUGUCAGUAACUGAGCGGCCUCACACAGUCAGUCGUAUUUCAAAAGCAUCUUCCUGUUCAAUUGGCAGGUUUCACAACAUGGCCUCCCUCAUGUCAACUGUUGGUAAAAAAAGGAAGUGCCACAUCCUCUGCAUACAGAUAACACACACAGAAACAGAGAACUUAAAAACUAGGACAUCAGGUGAAACGAGACAUGAAAGUGCAUUUGAUUUCCUGAUAUUCCGUCUCGAUUUGCUGAAUUAUUCUGCAGACCUGAAGCCGCUUCAUGACGUCACUGCUACCAGAAUCUCAAAAGAGUUUUGACGGUAACCUGAAAAGUGACAGUAUGGAUGUGUUGUUUCAGUCACAUCAUUGAGUUUGUAUUUUAAAGUAUGUUUGUGAAGUAGAAUGUAGGGUAGACAUCUUCAGCAUCGUGUCACAGAGUUCUUCUUCAUCCUGUAUGUGACUGACUGCAUUUGUUCACUGUAUGAUAGUGUUUUUAUAAAAGUGUAUGUACAGCCACUCAAA